CUCGUUUGUUUUUGUUGUGGCUGUGCCUGCCAUCCCAUACAACAAAAUUGAUUCGACAAUAUAACCUAACCUCACAAUCGUAAUCAAAACAAGAAGAAACGAAGAUAACUUAAUUACUUGUGCAUAAGUACUUCAGCUUGAAAAUACUCGAACAUGGCUUCUAUCCAAGAGCGCUUGCAAAUAAAACGUGAACCAUUGGACAAAUGGUCACUCCGUGAACAAUUAUGCUUAGCUUCAGCUGUAGCUAAGAGUGGCGAUCAGAAUUGGAUGUCUGUAAGCAGGCAGUUGAAACCAUUUGGUGAACCGAAUCGACCCUCUGAUUGGUUUCAUCAAAAGAAUUGUGCCUCACAAUACGGAUCGUUGUUAGAAAAUGUGGAUACACCUAAACGCAAAAAGAGAUUGUCUGGCUCAGAACCCGUUAUUGAAACACCAAUUGAGACGAUUUUACGUAAACUGACCAAAGAUAGAGUGGCAGAAAUAGAAAAGUGUUUGGCUGAGGAACGUGCUGAAUAUUUAAAACUUCAAGAGGACAUGGUUCUACUGCAAUCCGGGAAUGUUACUGAGGAAUUGCUGGACAAGUGGUGUAAAGAAAUUGACGAAGAAGAAAAUCAAAAGGAAGAGGAAGCUAUCGCUCACACCCAAUGGUUACAAGAGCGUGAAAUACGAAAGCAGGAAAUUGAACGGGCAUGGCGGCCAAUGGGCAAGCCUGCAGUGAACUUACCCCAGAAACGUAAAUUACCCGACAAACUUGAUACAUUAGUAGAUCUGGAAUUGGCCGAGGAGAACCAACAGAAUCAACAUCAGGAAACAGCGAAACCUGCACUGUCACCCUUACUCACCAGCCUAUUGAAAUCUCCAUCGCAAGUGCCCAAUGUAACGAGCUCCUCCAUUUUGCACACGGUAAUGACUAGUCAGCCUCAGCGCAACACCUCGUCAUCAAUUGCAAACCUCCUAAAUACUCAGCCCAGCUCGACUACAACCGUUGACUACCCACAGCCUGUUACCCAAGAGCAAGCUUCCAAUUACGUUGCCAUCACUCAUGAUAUCCUGGAGGACGCUGUCGAUUCUAUACCACAUAUUAAAGUCGAAGACCUGGAAAGUUCAAUACUUUCGUCGGAUGAUCCUCUGCCCGAAAUGAAAAAUGAAGAGGUUGAGGUGAUCAUAUCGGAUUUGAUCCAAAAUGCCGAUGUUGUUUCGGAUCCUGAGCAACAUCUGCAGUUGGAUGACCACGAGGACAUCAUUACAAACUUGGAUAACGAACUGCAAGAGUUAUGUAAUGAAGAAGAGGCUGCGGCUGCUAAAGAGGCUGCUGCUGUUAAAGAGGCAGCUGAAGCUAAAGUGGUGGAGGUUGAACAAGAGCCUGAAGUUGUAAAAACAAUUCCUGAAGUUGCAAAAAACUCACCUGAAAAAGAAGAAGCGAAUCCACCCAAGCGCGACCCUUUUGAGUUUGAGGAGGAUCCGGAAAUCUGCGAGUUAACCAAACCCAGCGCGUCAAUUUUGAAAUAUCAAGAAGCGAUCGAUAAGCGUGACCAAGAGGAAAAAACUGUUGAAGUUGUUCCCCAAGAGGAAGAGGCGAAGUCUGAGAAUGACCAACAGGGAGUGUCUCAAAAUUCCGGUUCAGUUGAAAUAGUGGAAGUCGUUGUACUCGAAGAGGAGGAAAUUGAUAAGCAACUUAAUAAGACUCAAAUUCAAGAUAUUGUCCAUUCCUUUACUACAGAAGUGGAUCAUUCUCCCACCAAACCAGAACCGGAAAUGCAAACUACGGAUCUAGAAACGAAAGAAGAACCGGUUCAGGAAGCAGUACAACCUACUAUCAUCAAUUUUGACGAAUGCUCAAUUGACACAGACGCGAAGUCUUCCGAUACGGAAAUAAAAAACUUAGCGGAAGAUUCCAAUAAGACAACUUUAGAUGAUAACUUGACCGACAAUGAGUUUACCGGUUCGUUUUUUGACGAUCUUAACAUGGAGGUUAAUAAAUUGGACCAUAAGGCAAAACGCGAUUAUUCGCGUACUAAAAAAAGGGAGUCUGAAAAAGAGUUUGACAUCCUUCUCGCGGUCGAAAAGGCGGUUAAUGCGCAACUCGAAAGUAGGGACAUCAUAGAGGAAAAUUCCAUGGACAAAAAUGAGGAAGUCGAUAAAAAAUCGGACAGUAGUUUGUCUGCUAAACCGAAGAUUAAAGUGGAAUUGGACCGGUCUUGUAGCCCGUGGACUGAAGAUGACGAGUUGUUGUGUUUGCGUAGCAAACGAAGAUAUUCGACACCGAGCGAUUCCAUUCCGAAUUCUCCAGCAUCCAGCUCGGUCUACUACGAAGACGACCGUGAUUACAGAAAUUGGAAGAAAUCUGUCAUGUUGGUCUACAGCAGGUUGACAACGCAUAAGUUUGCGUCGCUCUUCCUGAAACCCAUUACAAAUGAGCAAGCGCCGGGAUACCACAGCGUCGUUUACAGACCUAUGGAUUUACAAACGAUUCGCAAGAACAUUGAGAAUGGUAGUAUAAGGACGACGUUGGAGUUGCAAAGGGAUGUGCUAUUAAUGUUUACCAACGCAAUCAUGUACAAUAAGAUGAACGAUUUGAUUUAUAAAAUGGCGCUGCAAAUGCAACAGGAAAGUAUGCAGCAGCUGGACAUUUUAUUGCAAGCGCAAAUGGGAGAUUUUCCUCAACGACGGGAAACGCGAACGAGUGAACCUUCCAGUAAACGCAAGCGGUCACAUGAGGAUAACAGGGGCAAGAAAAGAAAGGAAGAUUAGAUGGACGGUAGUGAAACUGAGGGUGUAAUUAGCUCACAUUAUCUUCCUAGUGGUAGGGUUUAGAAUAAUAAGUGUGAUCUGUAGUAUAAUAAUUUAAUUUAAUUUUCAUUAGGACAGUACUUUAUAUACUAUGCACAAGCUAAAUUAUAUAAACGAAUAUAUUGACUUGCAGUUUAA